AUGGCUAGGAAAAGGAAGUCUAUUUUCUUGGAUAUUGCAAGUAGUGAUGGUUCUGAAGGUCUUGAUGAUAAUGAAUUGAUGUUGUCUCCCAAUUCUCUUCCUACUGAUGGAAAUGAUGAUUCUGAUUCUCAUGAUAUUUUUUACUCUGAUGAUUCCAUCUCUGGUGGUGAUCAAUCUUUCAAUGAAGCUUUGUACAAACAAUAUGUUAAGGAAUGUUCAAAGGUGAAGAUGUUGAAGAAAAGGUUGUUAAUACAUUUGAGUCGUGACGUUAAGAAGAAGUCUGAUGGCAGACCUAAAGUUGGUGUCUUAAGGUUUUUUGUGUCUACGUUCUCUAAUGUGAUAAAUUCUCUUUCUGAAGAACGUAAAGAUGUGAUUCGAAAGUAUGGAUUUGGUUCUCUUCUCUUGUUUGACCGUUGUUCUGUGCUGAGAAUUUUUGUUCACUGGGUUGCUCGCCUUGUCAAUUAUAAGUCUGGUGAUAUAGUUGUUGAUGGCAAGGUUAUCUCUCUAAGGAAGCUAUUCAUUUGGUUCUUGAUCUUUCAUUUGGUGGUUCACCGUUUCCUGCUGAUUAUACCUCUGGGAAGUCUUGUUUGCUUUCAAGCUUUGGCAAGGAUAAUGUUCCUCCAAUCAGUUAUUUUUUCUGAAGCUCUUGUUUAUAAGAAAGAAAUGUCUGAUGAUGAUAUGUUUGUUUGCUUCAUUGUGGUUGCUAUGAGUACUUUCCUUUGCCCCAACUCUUCUGUUGUUCCUUGUAAAAAAUUCUUUGGUAUUUUUGAAGACCUUGAUAAGAUUCGAUCAUACGAUUGGUGUGGUUAUAUCCUAUCUUUGUUGCUUGAGUACAUCAAGUUAUUCAAUCAGUUGAAGAGUUGCAAAUCUACUCAGCAGGUUACUCUUAGUGGCUGUCUAUACUUCCUUGCUGUUCUUUAUCUUGAUCAUGUUGAUUUUGAUUCUCAUCAAGUCCCUUCCACUAUUCCUCGAAUAUCUGUUUGGAAGAAUGAUAUGAUCAAGCAAUAUGCAACUCUUGACAAGAAACAAGAAGGUUGUUUUGGGUACCAUCCUAUUAUUGGAUUAUUCAAGGACCUGUUAUGCUAA